GAUGCUCCGAGUGGUUUGUCACGGUUCUACCUCUGAUGGCUACCUGAUAUAAUAUACAUACCGUUCUGUGGAGCGAAUCGUGACAGAACAUCCCUGCCACUUUCUCAACGUCAAGCAUAUCGUGCCCUAAGAGAACAUAACACUGUCAAGCCUACCAAUUUGUUACAAUGGCCAAAGGCAACUCGACACCACCGUGCCAAAGACCUCCCAGCGAGUAUACACCGCAGGCAUGUUUAACAAUAUUAGGCUCCUUUACAGGUCUAUUUUGUACAGUGGGAUUCAUGAACUCGUUCGGGGUGUUCCAAGAAUACUAUGGAAAAAAUCAGCUCGCCGACAAGUCCGAAUCAACAAUUGCAUGGCUAGGCGCAAUCAGUAUCUUCUGCAUUUUCUUCAUCUCAGUAUUCUCCGGCCAGCUACUUGAUAUGUUUGGACCUACUUUGAUGCUCUGUGGGGGCUCGCUAGGCACCGUGUUUUCACUCAUGAUGGUCUCGCUCUGCAAGGAGUUCUACCAGUUCAUUCUAGCGCAAGGGUUCCUUCUCGGAAUUUCACUCGCGCUGCUAGCGUGCCCUAUGCUCGCUCUUGUGGGACAGCACAUCAAGGUGAAGCGUGGUGCAGCGCUGGGUAUAGUGCUCGGCGGUUCUUCUCUCGGAGGCGUGAUGUGGCCUAUUGCCAUCAACGAACUACUUCAGAACCCAAACAUUAGAUUUGGAUGGACAAUGCGGAUUGUCGCAUUUAUAAUGAUUCCCCUAUUAUCUGUCUCCUGCAUCUGCUGUCGACCACCCAAGAGAAGCCCUUCUCCAACUCAACGACCCUUGUCUGACGAUGAAGAGGCCACUAUAACCGAGACAAAACCAUCCGUCCCUAAAGCGGACUUUUCCGUUCUCCAAAAGCCCAGUCUUCAGCUAUCCUGCCUCGCAUUUUUCAUCAUCUAUUUCGGGAUGUUUUCUCCGUUUUUCUUUACAACCUCUUACGCAGUCGCGCAAGGGUUCUCAACCCACCUGGCGUUUUAUACCAUCUCAAUUGUUAACGGUGCUUCGUUCUUCGGUCGUGUGCUUCCUGGUAUUGUCGCGGACCGGUAUGGAAAGUUCAACUGCUGUAUCAUCUUUACCUUCUUCUCUGGUAUUAUUGCUCUCUGCUGGACGAAAGCCACCUCCGUGGCUGGUUUGGUUAUGUUUUCUCUCGCAUAUGGAUUCGCAUCAGGAGCUAUCCUUUCCCUCCAACAAGCCUGCGCAGCACAAGUUGCCACGCCACAAACUAUCGGUUUAACCAUGGGUACCGUCAUGGCAGCCACAUCUUUCUCGGCUAUGGCUGGAAUCCCUAUCAGUGGUGAAUUGGCGGGCAAAUACGGAUAUCUGGCCCUGUCGAUCUACUCGGGCGUGAGUCUCUUGGUGGGGAGUAUUCUAUUGGCGGCGGCGCGAUUCGUGCAAAGUCGGGAGCUGUUGGCUGUUGUGUAGAGAGCUUAUUGUGGGAGCUGAGGAUUUCUAAUUUUUCUUAAAUGUGUCCUGUGUGUGACUGAUAGACUUUAUCUGACCAUGGCAAAUUGGCCAUCAUAGAUCGUAUAAUAUGACUCACUCCACUCCAUCGGUGUAUCCAUGGAUAUGAGGGAGAAAAUCCGAAAGAGUAAAAUUAAAGAGAUCAUGCUGAAUAUCAAAUUAUCCCGAAAAGAAAUAUUCUCCGUAACUUUUGCAGAACCCGAUGCACUUCAAAUAAACGCCAAUAUCCUCUCCGAGGGCAUAUCGACUUCAUGAGAAUACACCGGAGCUACGAGCGAGAAUGUGCGAAGCCUAUUCUCAGAAAUUGCCCAACGGCGAGCCGUCCUAUCUAUCCCCUUCGGAAAGUACACAUCGAGCCUCUUCAGACGGUUGUCAGCGCCCCAGAUAUCCAGGAGUGUUAGUACGAAACUCUUAUGCGGUCGGUUCAGCCGAAGAGUCGCAUAUUGAAUUCGUUGCAGUAGCUGCUCACAGAUGAACUCCGCGAUACCCAUCUGUCGCAUUGUAAAGUGGGUCCCUGGGGUGCCGCGGAGCUCGACAGGUAUUUUGUAUAGAAUUUCUAGGGCUUCUGCUGUGAUCUGCUUGUUGAGU